AUGAAUAGAGUGAACGGCAGAUUGUUAAGAACUAGGAUUCCUCGGGGUUUUCGUCGCUAUAGUCAAUACAACUACCAGUAUCAGCAGUACCAGCAAUAUCAACCUCCAAAGACAUCAUGGACCAAGCGUAUUUUAUAUACGGGGAUUGGACUCGCCGGAUUUGGAUCGUACGUUUAUUACUUCUGGUGGCCUAAGCAUACAUUCCCAUCUUCAGUAGCCAAGAUAUUGCGUAAGGGAUUGUGGGCUGAAUCCGAUAGGGGAGAAAACGAUUACCAAUUGGCAUUGAAAUACUAUCUCGAAGCCAUCGACCAUUGUCACGAAAUAGAGGUGGAUCCAUUGAGUGACGAAUACACGGGGAUUCAGUUGAAAGUAGGGGAAAUGUUUGAACGGUUGGACAUGUUGGAGGAUGCAGCAUUUGUCUACAAUGAGAUUGCGACCCUCUAUUUGAAGGUAUUGACAGCAACCCCAAACUCGGAGGAUGGAAAGAGGAUCAGAUCGAGAGAUCAUCGGGCACAUUUGAUCCAAAAGGACUUACGUUUGGCUAUUAAGUUGGUGGAGUUGAACAAAGCCAAUGCCCAGUUGUCCAAGGCCAUUUUGAUGACCCACUUGUUAAUCGCACAGGAUGAAGUGCACAAGAAAUUGGGACCCAACGGCAACAUUUCACGAUUGACCCCCAACACUUCUGGAUCCGACUAUAAGGCUACGAUAGAUAGCACAUCCAUUGAAAUAAGUAACGAUGGUAUUACCACUACUAUUAAUAAGAAUCCUUCGGCGUGGGAACCAUUUGUAGACGAAUUUUUCAAUGCCAUGGACUUGUUGACAGCAAUUUGCAUUUCCACAGGAGACCUUGCUAUGGCAUCCAAGGUAAAGAUAUCCAUGACUGAAUGGAUGCUUCUUGCUGAUGUCGAGCCGCAUAAAGUGUUGUUAUCGCAAUGCAACUUGGCAUCAUUGCUUUAUUUACAAGCAGAGGAGUACGAAUCGAAGGAAGUCGCCUCUAGGAGAAAAUUCUUUGAAGAUUCCGGUCUCAACUUUGACGACUAUAGGAAUUCUUCCCAAGAAACCUUAAAAGAUAGCGACGUAUUGGAAAAGUUGGAUAAAGAAAUAGAGGAAAAACAACGUAAUGAGUAUCUGCUGGUAAUCCAAAAUAAGGAAAAGUGCAUAGAAUUAUCUAUAAAGUCUUACGAGUCGGUUCUCGAGUUUGCUAAAAAUCUUCCUCAAGAAAUAAUAUCCAAUAAUAACACCAUCAAUGAGACUGUGGCGUUGGCAACGUAUGGAUUAGGAGUAGUUAAUUUACACUUAGCACAAUAUGAAAAGGCUGAGAGGUUGUUACGUGAAGCGAGGGUCAGAUCCAAGACCUGUGGUUAUGAUGAUUUAAUUCUUGAAAUUGAAAGAGAAUUAUCCAAGUUAUUCAAAGAAAAAAAGCUGCUUGAAAAGGGAAAGAGAGCCAAUAAAGGGGAUAUCGAAAUGGACAUACAUAUGAAAAAAUAA